AUGUUUCUCAUUGUCAAUAGCUCCACCGCUUUACUAAAUGUGAAUGUAUGCGAAGUGGACUACGCAUCUAUAAUGUCAUGUCUUCGUAUGAAUGAGGAAGCUCUAGUACUAUUGAUAGUGGAUAUCACCGAUAUUCCUGGUAGUAUACAUCGUCAACUACCUCAUAUAAUUGGCCCACGCAAGCCAAUGAUUGUUGUUGCCAACAAAGUUGAUCUCCUCCCACCAGACGCACGAACUGGUUAUCUUAAGCGUUUCAAGAUGAUAGUGGACGAAGCUAUAGAAGCAGCCGGCUUCCGAGACCAGUUCACCAUAUUGCAUACAGCGCUAGUUAGCGCUAAGACAGGUUAUGGAAUCGAAGACUUGAUCACCGAAAUCUAUUUGAAGUAUACUUCUGUCAAGUUAGGUUUGCGCAAUGAUAUAUAUCUAAUCGGAUGCACUAACGCGGGAAAAUCGAGUAUAUUCAAUACUCUUCUGCAGUCAGACUUAUGUAAAAUACGCGCUGUUGACAUUGUGGAGCGGGCGACUACAUCUAUCUGGCCUGGGACUACGCUUUCGCUGCUGAAAUUUCCAGUAAUGCAACCUUCGCCUUUUCGUUUGGAGCUGCGGCGAAGGAGACUACUUAGAAAUAAAGCUUGGCUCCAGAAAGAGAUGUAUAACAGGUGUUUUUUUGUUUGUUUUUUUGCUUUUCGAUCUUUUUUUCCUCAAACUCGAGUUUGUAGGAAACUACAGCUACAGCAGAGUGGUGAUCCGAAGUAUGCAGUAUUGUUUGGCAAUGUUGAAAACACAUUCAAAGAGAGAGAUGAGGAGGUACGACCUAUAUCUGUUGAAGAUCUAACAACGCAUGAAACUUCAGAUAGGAAAACUUCGAAAAGGUAUCUUUUGAAUGCAUGUCCUGUUUCUAUUAUAAGAUGGUCGAUAAAAGAUCCUGAAUUUGAAAAAGGAAUGUGGUGCUACGAUACGCCAGGAACCAUAAAUGAUCAACAGGUGCUCAAUCUUUUCACUUUGGAAGAGCUUAUACAUGUAUUGCCGCGGCAUCUGCUACGACCUCGGACUGCUAUUGUUCCA